AUUUUGCAAAACUCAAAAAAACGACGACGGAAAAGAAAAAGGCAUUUCUUUUGUCGGUUAGGAUAUCUUUUUGUCGCUGGAUAAUGUGAGUGAAUUAAGUUUGUGUGGCGGUGGAUUUGUGUAAAUUGUUUUCUUGUCUGGACGUUACAAAGGACAGCUGUUUAACGUCCUUGAUCAAAAUUCACCUGCACUCACAUCACAUGACAUCAUUCUGACAAAAUGGAAGAUGAGAAUGAAUAUAAGAAGUUAUCGACCGAAGAUAAAUGUGUGCACAAGCUGUGGAAGGCCCGCGUGGCCGGCUACGAAGAAGCCAUCAAACUCUUCAACCAGAUUGACGAUGAGAAGUCUCCGGAGUGGAACAAAUACCUUGGGCUGAUCAAGAAGUUUGUGACUGACAGCAAUGCGGUGGCUCAGGAGAGAGGUAUGGAAGCGGCGCUGGUGUUCGUGGAGAACUGCGCGGCGGCCGGCAAGACGGUGGGCGAGGUGAUGGCGGGCAUCGUCGCCAAGUGCAUCGCCGCGCCCAAGACCAAGACCAAGGAACUCGCGAUGCAGAUAACACUGAUGUACAUAGAGAUAGAAAAACAAGAGAUUGUAGAAGACGAACUCCUGAAAGGGAUGGAACAGAAGAAUCCUAAAGUGGUGGCGGCUUGUACUGCGGCGUUGAAUUCUGCACUCAAACAGUUCGGCAAUAAGGUGAUAGCUAUCAAGCCGAUGGUGAAGAAAAUACCCGUACUGCUGACUGACAGGGAUAAAGGAGUCCGGGAUGAGAUGAAGGCACUCGUCGUUGAGAUGCAUAGAUGGAUCGGGGGCGCCAUCGAGCCGCACAUCGCGUCUCUCCAAGCAGUCAUGCAGCAGGAACUGCGCGAGGCAUUCAGCAGUAGUGGCACUGCGCAGCCCACGCGCUACCUGCGCUCACAACAGCACCGCAUCAGAGACGUGCCCGCAGACGCCGGCGACGGUGUAGCAGACGACGAAGACCAAGAAGUGAGCGGCGGCGACUGCGCGGACGUCGACCCUUACGACCUGCUCGACCCCGUGGAGAUCCUGUCCAAACUGCCCAAGGACUUCUACGAGAAGCUAGAAGCCAAGAAGUGGCAGGAGAGGAAGGAGGCGCUGGACUCGCUGGAGAACCUGCUGAAGACUGCCCCUAGACUGGAGCCGGGGGAUUACGCUGACCUCGUGCGGGCUUUGAAGAAGACAAUAUCGAAGGACGCGAAUGUAAUGUUGGUGGCUUUGAGCACGCGGCUGCUGGGCAUGGUGGCCCUAGGGCUGCGCAACAGGUUCCAGCCGUACGCGGUGGCGUGUGUGCAGGCUAUACUGGAAAAGUUCAAGGAGAAGAAGCCCAACGUAGUCGCCGCGCUCAGGGACGCCGCCGACGCUAUAUACCCCUGCACGAAUCUAGAAGCGAUAAUGGAGGACAUGCUUGCGGCGUUUGACAACAAGAACCCGUCAAUAAGGGCGGAAAGCGCUCAGUUCCUAGCGCGAGCUCUGUGUGUGACGCAGCCCGCGGCUUUCAACAAGAAACUCAUCAAGGCAUAUGUAGCUGGACUCCUGAAGUUGUUGGAGAGUGCUGAUCCGUCAGUGCGCGACGCGGCGGCCGAAGCACUAGGCACGGCUACCAAGCUGGUUGGCGAGAAGAACAUCGCCCCACACAUUGGGAAGAUCGACAACUUGAAGGAACAGAAGAUAAAGGAGUUUGCUGAUAAGGCUGAAAUCAAAGUGAAGGUAGCAGCUCCGAAGAAGGAGGCCAAGCCGAAAGCCGCCGCGGCGCCGGCCAAGGCCGACGCGAAACCCGCUGCCGGCUCUGCUCAGCCUAAACCUGUCAAACGGCCUAACACAGCGGUGGUGAAGAAGCCGCCCGCCAGCAAGAAGGCGGCGGCGCGGGCCGUGGCCAGCCCGCCGCGCGAGCACGAGCUGCCGCAGGAGGAGGUGGACGCCCGCGCCGCGCAGCUGCUGCCGCCCGACGUCGUCACGGGUCUAGGCGAUGGCAACUGGAAGACUCGCCUGCAAGCAGCGCAGAGCUUCCACUCCAUCAUCCAGGGUCUGACCACCACCGACGCCUCAGCACAGGUUCUCUACCGCAUUCUGAACAAGAAGCCGGGCCUUAAAGACACCAACGUGCAGGUGCUCAAAGCGAGACUGGAGGCCUGCAAGCACAUAACUGAAAACUUCCCUGUUUCCACGGUGGCCGCAGACUUCGUCCUCCAAGACAUAGUAACGAAACUCGGCGACACAUCCUGCUCAGCUGUCUCAGCAGAUUGUCUCACGGCCAUGGCGGAGUCCUGCGGGCUCGAACACGUGCUCAACGAAGGCCUAUCCUUCGCUAUGGACAGCCAGAAGAACCCUAAAGUGCAGUCUGAGUUGUUUAACUGGAUGUCCAACGCUGUCAAGGAGUUUGGGUUCAACAUGAACAUAAAGUCGAUAGUGGCGCACUCGAAGAAGGCCCUGUCAGCUACGAACCCCAACGUGCGCACCUCCACAGUAAACUUCCUGGGUGUGCUGUCCCUAUACGCGGGGCCCUCCAUACUGAACCACUUCGACGGGGAGAAGCCGGCCACCAAGCAGCUGAUCAGCUUGGAGGUGGACAAGUUUGCCAACAGCACCCCGCCGACCCCGACACGCCAUAUCGGCAGUGUUACCAAGUCUGGCAGUAAAGGCUCGGUGGGCGACGAGAUAGAGGACGACGCAGAGGAGGCAGGCGAGGAGGAACCGGCGCCAGUUGAAGACUGCCGACCCCGCACCGACAUCGCGCCGCUAAUUACAGACGCGCUGGUUGCCGAGCUCAACGAUAAGAACUGGAAGGUCCGCAACGAAGCUUUAGACAAAGUGAAAGCCAUAAUAACCAACUCGGCGCCCAUCAAAUCAUCUCUGGGCGAGCUCCCAGCGGCCCUGGCGUCACGGCUCGUGGACUCCAACUCAAAACUGGCGCAGUCAGCGCUGAACAUCUGCGAAGCCCUGGCCUCUGCCAUGGGGCCUAAGUGCAAGAACCAUGUUAGGACGUUCUUCCCUGCAUUCUUCCAAGCGCUGGGCGACAGCAAGCAGUGGAUCCGCGCGGCGGCGGUGUCGGCGCUGCAGGCGUGGUGCGCGGCGGCGGGCGCGGGCGCGGCGCUGGACGGCGAGAUGGUGGCCGACGCGCUGCGGGCCGGCUCGCCCACGCUGCGGGCCGCGCUGCUGGCCUGGCUGGCCGACCACCUGCCCAACGUGCCACCAAAAUCGUUUCCCCGUGAAGAGCUGUUAGUGUGCGUGCCCACGCUGUACGCGUGCUUGGAGGAGCGCGCCGCUGACGUGCGCAAGGCUGCGGCCGACUGCGUGCUGCCUUUCAUGCUGCACUUGGGGUAUGAGGCCAUGCACAAGCAGAUUGACAAGAUCAAGCCGGCGUCAAAGUCAGUAGUCCAAGCAGCCCUCGACAAAGCGCGGCCGAGCCUGCCAGUGCAGCCACUCCCAGCCAAGUCCAAGAAGGAGGACAGUCGCGGCGUCAAGACUGGCGGUGCCUUGAAGAAGGAUGCUGAGAAGAAGACUGCGCCUGCCAAGGGCAAGAUCGUGAAGCCGGCAUCAGCGUCUAGCCGAGGCAAGAAGGAAGACGAGGACUGCACCCCUCUGCUCCCCAACAAUAACGCCAAGAACCAGCGUAUCAUCGAUGACCAGAAACUGAAGGUUUUGAAGUGGAACUUCACCACCCCUAGAGAAGAGUUCUUCGAGCUGCUCAAAGAACAGAUGACUACAGCUGGCUUAAACAAACAGCUGAUCGCUAACAUGUUCCAUAAUGACUUCAGAUACCAUCUAAAAGCAAUAGAGGCCCUAUCUGAAGACUUAAUUGAGAACGGUCCGGCGCUUAUGGCCAAUCUGGACCUGGUCCUCAAGUGGCUGACCCUCAGGUUCUUCGACACCAACCCGACAGUCAUCCUGAAGGGUCUGGAGUACCUCUCCAUAGUAUUCCAGUAUCUUAUGGAUAGUGAUUACACUAUGGCGGAGUAUGAGGCAUAUUGUUUCAUCCCGUAUUUGGUGCUCAAGGUUGGUGACCCAAAAGACUCUGUUCGUAACGGCGUGAAAGCCCUGUUUAGGCAGAUUUGUGUGGUCUAUUCAGUUACCAAACUGUUUGGGUACUUGAUGGAAGGACUCAAAUCUAAGAACGCUAGGCAGAGAGCAGAAUGCUUGGAAUGCAUCGGGCACCUGAUAGAAACUUAUGGAUCGACGGUGAUGUCCCCAACGGGCGCUGUGGCGCUCAAGGAGCUGGCCAGGCAUAUCGGAGACAGGGACAACGCUGUAAGAUCUGCCGCGUUGAAUUGUGUCGCCAGCGCAUACUUCCUAGAGGGCGAGAAGGUGUAUAAGAUGAUUGGGCAGAUAUCAGACAAGGACUUAUCCCUCCUAGAAGAGCGCAUCAAGCGCGCCGGCAAGAGCCGCAGCGCGGAAGCCCGGCGCUCUAUGGUGGUGCCUCUAUCUGCUUCCGGGAGACCCAUACAGCCGGUGGUGGAUGACGAGCCAAGGAGGGUCAUACAGGAGGCGCCACAGGAGUAUGAGGAGGAAGAGGAGGAGGAGCCUGUACCUCCGCCUGUGAUUGCCCCUAGAGCUCCAGAACCGAAGGUGAUUAUGGGUCCGUUCGGGCUGGACCCGCAGCUGAUAGCAGAACUAGACGCGGCGGUGCCACACUUGUCGAGACCUCAGCUGCCCGAGUUGGACCUCAAGUUCUUGGACGAGCCUAUACCAGCCUCCACUGUUCCACGGGUGCCGAGACCCGCACCGCCUGUCCGUCAGAGUACGAUGCCGAUGUCCCCGCCGCGGCUGACGACGCAGCACCCGUUGGUGACCCCGCUGGUGAGCACGCAGCCCAACAUGGACGACUCGCAGCUCUGCAUCACCAUACAUGCCAUCGCCAGCCCGGACCUUAACGCGGCCAUUCGAGCGCUGUCACAUAUUUCCGGCGUGCUCGUGUCGGGACGCGGCGCGGCCCUGGCUGCGCACGAGGAGAAAUUGGUUACUGCCAUCGCUGCACAGGUCCGACACCUUCGCACUGGGACCGCUGAUGCGCAGGAGACGCUACCCGCUUACAAGUAUCUCGCCGGAGCACUCAACACUUUCUACGAGACGGGCGGGUGCGGGUCGCACGUGGGCGAGGCGGCGCUGGCGGCGCUGCUGGGCGAGCUGCUGCGUGUGCUGGGCGCGGGCGGCGCCGCGGCCGGCGGCGACCACGAGCGCCUCGCCAGGAUCCUCAACAACGUGUGCGUGCGGGUGCUGGAGCACACCCAGCGUACGCCGCUGCUCUGCGCAAUAGUGUCACUGCUGCACGAGUCUAUCGGCGUGUCGGACCCGGCGUACCCGCGCUACCAGGACCUGCUGCUCAAGUGCUUCUGGAAGACGUUGAAGAUGAUAGCCUCCUGGGACGUGCACUCUGUCGACUACGACGCCGUGCUGUAUAAGAUACACCUGUUCUACAAGGCUUACCCGAACAGCUAUUGGAAGAAGAAUCCAGAGAUCAGUGAUACGCCUUACAGGACGGUGAAGACCCUAGUUCACACGCUGGUGAAGAUGAAGGGCGCGUCGAUCACCAACCACCUGACGCAGAUACCUGACGUCAAUGAGUCCGAUCUCUACCCCUACCUGCUUAAAGUACUGAAGCAACUGAAGUUAGACGACAAGAAAGAGAACACAUCGGACGCAAUCAACGGCGGCAGUAUGGGCAACGUGUUGGCGUCGGUGACGCCCAACAACGCGUCGCUCAGCCAGGGCCGGCUGCCGCGCGGCGUGCACGAGGAGCUCGCGCUCAUACUCAAGAGGAUCGGCACCAAGGAGCACAACAGGGACGCGCUGUCGCAGCUCUAUGACCUCCGGGAACGCCACCCAGAGGUAGACAUCUGGACGUUCAUGCAGGGGUCAUCGUUCUACUUCCGCAACUACGUGGAGCGAGGGCUGCGCGAGGUGGCCGAGCAGCGCAAGAUGGCCGCCAUGCCCAUCUACAAGCACGACUACAAGACAGACAAUAUCGACAUCAGUAACGAGAACGACGAGAAAUCACAUGUAGUAUUCUUGGAAAGGCUGAGAGCUUUACAGGCGAAAGCAGGUCUCAAGACCGAGUCAUCACCGUCGUCGCAGCCGAGAACGCCGAUCGGCGACAAUAGAGCUCUUGCUGACUCUAUCAAUGAGAAUACUCUGACCCGCACGCAUAGUAUCGACCCACAGUUAGAGCUGCACACAACUCAACCGCUAUCCCACAAGAACGAAGCGGCGGUGGACGUGCUGCGCCUCAAACUGCAACAGAUCAAGAGCUCCUCCAAGAGAUAAGGUCGCCUGUCUCCCUCGCACACACGGUAGCUCUCUCACGCGAUUACGUCAUCAGUGUCCACACCCAUCACGUGAUAUGUACUUGACGAAAAACUUUUUAAAACUUUGUUGACAAAAACGUCCUCUCUAAUAGGAAAAGUUUUGAAGGGGACGCGGUAAGAUGAUAAAUAAUAAACCAGUCCUCAACCUUUUGUUCCAAAUACAAGAUUUGUUAACAAAAAAAGUAGUAAAAAGUUUAUCGUAAAGUACGUCAUGAUUUUCCACAUCUUACGAAGAUAUUUUGGUUCGAUUUCAUGUUAGUCUUUCAUGAAAUGUACUUGUUUCCAAUUAUAAUCUCAUUAGUUCCUAGAGUUUAAUUACAAUUAAAAAUACAAAAAGUUUGGCAAGUCUGUAGAAAUAUUUGGACUUUUAGACGGACACACGAAAUGGGAUAUUACAUGAUAUUAAGAAAUGUUGCAGUUUCCUCGUUAUAUGAAGAAGGAACAGCCCAAUAUUAGUAAAAGGUCAACGAUUCCAAUAUAUGAUAAAAAAUGCAGUAAUAUCCGCAAUAGCUGUAGAUUUCGUACCUAUUUCAUAUAAAACUCAACUAUUUUACGCUUUGCAGUGAGUUAAACCUUGUAUUAUAUCACAAAUCGUUCUUUCUAUAGCAUUGCCACACUUUUUGUACUUAAUUAUGUUUAAAUAGGGUAGUUUCCAACUAGUCAAAUCAGUUACUAAACGUGAAAACACGAAAUUACUAUGGAAUUAGUAUGAAAAAGCAACAUGAAACUUCAUAGAAAAACGUGACAAAAUGUCGAACUUAUUCUUACAUUUUUCUUUAUUAAAAUUCAUAAAUAAGAUAAAUAGAAAAACGAAAACGUUUUUUGUCGCCUUUAGAUCUGUAUUUAUAUAGUAAUCAGAAUUUCAUAAUUUAUCUUUGACCUAGGAAACUACCCAAUUGUCCAUAAUAUAAGUCCGAUGGCCUAUUUAGAUGCUGACUAUUCGUCCCUGAGGUCGUUUUAUGACAAUACAGCUCAGUAUCGCCACAGACAGGGUAAAAGCUUUCAAUCUCUGUGUGAUUAUCUGUCAUAGAUGAUUGAUAAUCAUGUGGUUUCCCGGAUUUGUGCCUGGUUAAUGUCAAUGGGCUCGCCCCCUAUUAACUUCUUGUCUACCAAAAUGGGGGUCUCAACUAGACAAAAUGUAAAAUAUAUUGUUAUACGGCAGAUUAGAGGUACUAUGCACUGCCUCCCCUGCGGGGAUACAGGCGCGAUGCUAUGAUUCUGACGCCGACACGGACGCCUAACGCCUGAUUGACGGAAAGUUGAUGGAAUCUGUUCUAAUGCUGUAGAGAAAAGUAUCAAUACGAGUACAUACAUCAUGAUAUUGAUCAAUAUAUUUAUGUGGUUGAUUGAGAGUUUGUAUGUACAAAUGUUACACUAUCAAUCUCUACACAUUGAAACACUUUCACCGUCACUUCAACUGUCACCAAUCAAGUUCGUAUUUUUCGUAAAACGAAAGAGUUGUCUGUGUAAACAUAGAAUUAGUAUACAGUUAAAAUGUUGUAUAUUGCUUGCCAUCGUUUGAUAGUAACUUGGGGAUUAGAUUAACCGUCUCAUGGAAGCGAGGCGACUGUUUCUGUAAUACGAAAUGAUUUUUAAUAGACUUCAAAAACGAAGGUUAUGUUACGUUGUCUUUGGGUAAAGUCUUGUACAGAUCUUUAAAGUCUUGUCGUCUUUUGAGAUUAGCGCUUAAACCCCAUAACCUUGGACACUUUAAUUUAUACUCAAAAACCUUUAAAAAAUCAUGAAGUAUUUUGUCUGUAUUAAUAUUUUAAUACUUAAGAACGGAAUGUCAUUCAAAAUGUGUAAUAGGCUAGUUUCCAACUAGUCAAAUCAGUUACUUUUUACUAAACGUCAAAACACGAAAUUACUAUGGAAUUUGUAUGAAAAAGCACUCUGUGACGUCAUAGAAAAACGUGACAAAAUGUCGGACUUAUUAUUACGUUUUUCUUGAUUAAAAUUCAUAAAUAAGUUUAAUAGAAAAAAGAAAAUGUUUUUCGUUAGUUUUAGAUGUGUCUUUAUUUAGUAAUCAGAAUUUCAUAAUUUAUCUUGAACCUAGUACACGACCCUAUUGUGUAUCACUAGCACUUAGACAGCACGUUUUCAACAGCAAAUUGUUUAACCAUAGCCACCUGAUUUUGACCGUUUGUAUGAGCUUAAAUGUAAAUUUUUACUAAACUCGAGUUACAUAAGCCAUUUUAAUUGAAAACUAUGAAUAAAAAUUUCAAAUACGAAAAAAAUACUGAUGACUACAUUGUAUACUAGAUUAACAGAUAUUUUAUCUUUUGUGUACUCAAAUCGUCGGGUAAAGGAUAACUGAUAGAAUUGUACUAGUUAGUAAACCUGUAUCUCCUAGCCAAUGUAACAAUGGCGCCGAUUCCAGUACUCACCAUCUAAUUUUAUUUAAAGGUAUACCUGUCAUGUUCUUAUACACCGAAAAGGAAAGGAACGGAUGAUCGACAGGAGUAAAAUUUAUGGAACACACGUCAAUUUUAGGCAGAAAAAACAACCCUCUCAAAAUUUUACACUGGCCAAUAACCCGACAGAAUUAGGUUAACAGUACACGUCGAUCGGUUGCAUAUCAUCGGCAUGUCUAUUUGAUUCGCCCGGGUUAUUCACUCAUUCAUUUUAUAAUUAACAGCUGUCAAUGAUCUGUCCCUUUCCUUAUCGGCGGAUAAGAAAAUGACAGGUAUAACUUAAAAUAAAAUUGGGAGGUGUCUGCAGGAAUCGGGGCCAAUAAUCGACUUUUUAAACUAAUCAUAAUGUUAUGGUAUACCGAAAUGACCCGUAGUGAGAGUUAAAGAGUAAUAUUGUAUGUAUGAAAUGAUCAAUGUAGUUUUCGAUUCACUUGAAAACUAUUUAUUGGUACGAUAUUUAUGUAUUUUCUAUUGAUUUUGUUUUGUGGGUUCGCGAUGGUUGUAAUCACAGUGGUUGCGUUUGAUUUAUUUGCGGAACAGUCGGAUUUGCAAAACCCUCAAACUAAUUGAAAGUGCCUUUGCAGUCAUUCUAGUGACUACGCGACUGGCAGUGGGCAGUGGAGUUCAAGAAAACUUGCUAAGCUUUGUCUCAAAAAAUAUCUUUUUUCAGUAGGUAACAUAGUUACACUUUGAAUCGUCAAUUUUACAUAACGAACGUCUCAUCCGCCUAAAACUACUGCAGCUUCUCACAACCUGUAUAGCCGGGGAAAAGAAGCUGCGAGAAAAACCUUGGAACAGGGCCCUAGACGUUCUUUAAAAAAAUAAAAAUAAACAUAAAAUAUUGGUAUACAAUUGAGUAAUUUAGCUGCCUAAUAUCAGUUCUCAGACAGUCUAGCUAAAUGCAGCCCGUAUGUAAACAUCACUGAUUUAAUAACACAUCAUCAUCUCCCUAGCGUCAUCCCGUUUCUCACGGGGUUCGAUCCCGUUUCUCACGGGGUUCGCUUACCUAACCUGAAGAUUUGACGGGUCCGGUUUUUUACAGAAGCGACCGCCUGUCUGAAAACCAGCCCAAUACAGGUUACUGAUUAAAAACACGAAUUUACUUAAAGAAUCGGAAAGUAUUACAUACCUAUAAUUAAUAUGUUUUAUUAGUAAAGAUUGUUGGUGACGUCGCGACCCAAUUCUUGUUUGUUUCUCGUCAAUUGGUUGAAGAUUAAGACUGGUUCUAGAGAUUGCGUCUCGUUAUAGUUAUUUAAUGUGUUUUUACUGAUUUAUUUGUACUUUGAUGUAAAAGUGUUGUGUUUGUGGUUAAUGAAACGGUGAGUGGCUUGGCAUGAUAGCACAGAUAUUCUGUUGGACUUUGUAGAGCAAAUUGUUACGAUUGGGUCUGUUACAGUAUUCUAUAGAAUUAACAAGGUAUUUGAAUUUUCUUUUGGUGUUGCAUUCUAUUAGAGGUUGUUUGUAUCUUCCCUCGCGGUGUGAGCGAAAGUGUAUCAAGUGUUACCUGCAAGCCUGUGCUAUGUUGCCAAGCAUUAGUCGUCAUCCAGUAGGUUUGUUAGCAAAACUUGGAGCUGAGAUGAGGCCAUAACUUAUAUAACCUCGUAUAUUUUAAACUCAUCCUAAUUUGGAACAAAUUAUAAUCCAGACAUUCCCAUACAGUAUUGGUUUCAAACUUUUUCUGUAUCUGUUACUAUUUAUGAUUCAUCAAAAACAUCAUCAUUUCUAACCACAGCUCUUUAUUGUUUGUAAGCAGUUGGUAACCCUGUGAUUUAUAAUUUGAGUUAUGUUUUGGUGGAACUAAUUGCUUUAUGAAUAUUGUUAUAACUCCAGCACGGUUAGUUCGCUGCAAAGGGCAUGUAAUAAAUACGAUACGAUCUUACAGUUUAUAAAUGUUAAAUCGCCCUGAAAUCAUGAUAUCGCCCUAAAAUGGU